AUGCCCUCAAGCUCCAGCUCCAGCUCCUCGGAGGGCGCCCCCCUCGCCGACUACUUUUGGAUCGCCGGUGUGGAUGGGACGGAGAUCCUGGACACCUUUAAAAGAUUGGGGGAAGACUACCGUACCAAUGGCGCUGCUUCACCAGGACCUGCUUUGGCAGACACAAUCCAAGAAGAUGCCGACGCCGAAGAGGAAUACAAUCCCGAUGCCUCACGCCCAAACUCCAUGCUCUUCACGGGCGUCAGUCGCCGGAGCUCCGUCCAACGACUCUCCACACUCUCCAAGACUUCCGAAGGCACAAAUGGGGGAAGCAAUAGCAACCGCAGCAGCAUGACCGUCAAGGGUGGCUCCUCACCCCUGCGCGCCUCUGCCAUGUUCACAGAGGACUUUGAUUUCGACUCCGCCUUGUACAAGUUUGCCAACGAGCGCGACUCCUUUCUGACCGACUUGAGUCUCAGUGCUGGCGCUAUUACCCCAAACACCCGCCCGCGAUCCCGAGUCCGCACACAGAAGAUUGUAUCGGAGGGUUCGCCCUCCCCCGGUGGGAACUUGUUGCGAUCAGGCAUUGGCAGCGUGCGACGACACAUGGCCUUCCGGGACAUGAACAGUAUGAAGCGACAACCGUCUGUUGCCCGUCAAGCUUCCGUGCGAACCUCCCGACGAUUGAGCAACUACAAUUCAGUGAUCCCCGUUCCGCAACCCCUCGAAAUCUCCCCCACGAUGCACCCGCUGAAAAGGCGAUUUGAACCCGUGCUCCUUGACCGAUACCCCACACGAACCAUGCCGGACGAGCUGAAGCAGCGCGGCAACUUCCCCGAUUAUGUUCCCAUGUUCGCAUUCCCCAACGAUAUCAAUAUUGUAUCCUCGGACCAGCGACCGCGAUCGACUUGGCACGGAUUUGCCAUGACAACGGACAAUGGAUCGAGGCUACACGCCAUUUGCGUCACCGUCUGGAUACCGCUGAAUCAAAAUGCCGCGGAAGAGCUCGAGAAGCGCUGCGAGGAAUGGCGGAAGGAUAACAUGACCGAUGAAGAACGUGAACUUGCUGCAAGCUUGGGUGAGCGAUUGGCAUCGGAGAGGGCAAAGCUAUCCAGAUUGCUAGCCCAGCUCCCGACAGUCCCAUCUGGAUCCGAGUCCCGCGAACAGCUCGAAGAUGAGAUCAGUGCGGUAGAAGAGAAGAUCGGAUUAAUGACCGACCUUUUACGCCCGGUCCGCCAUGGCGCAGCCUCGAAGAUCGAAGGUUUGACCGACGGUGACACUGGAUUCUGGAUUCCCCGUUCGUACGGAAUUCUGGGUCGGGAGAGUACCAUGACCAGCUUUUGGAAGGAAUGGCUCAAGGCUAUCGUGGUGCCCAUGAUCGAAGGCGGCGUGCAGCAUGUGCCUCCGCCCUCACCCAGGAUGGGACUUUGGCAACCGCUAGAGCAAUACGUGAUGAAUCUUUGCACAGAAGCAUUUGCGCCAAUAUCCUCAAAGACCCAGGUGGAGCUUGCGAUCCGUGAACUGCGAUUAUUUGCGCGGAAGGAGGCUCCAAACGAAAUCCCGGGCUCUCGGAAUACUGACCUAUAUUCUCUGUUCCGAACGUUGUCGGUGCCGAACAUCCUCAUUUUAUUCGAGUACGCUCUGACCGAAGCCCGCAUCAUCUUCCUGUCUUCCCAUACCUCGAUGCUGUAUCUUGCUACACGGGCAUUGGUUGACCUCUUGUUUCCCUUGGAAUGGACUGGAGUUCUUAUUCCCGUUCUUCCUGCCCGCUUGAUUCAAGCACUUGAAGCACCUUGCCCCUAUAUUGUGGGUAUCGAGCGUCGAUACGAGAAAGUGGAAUUGCCGACCGAUGAUUUCGUUCUAAUUGAUCUGGAUAACAAUAUGAUUGAGAGUACUUUCCAGCCGACCCCUCUCCCACGCCAUCAGCGCAGGAAGCUCUUGUCAUUGCUGCAACUAGCUGCUCCUCAGCACGGCCGAUGCCAUGUUCCCAUUGGGCCUCCUGCGUAUGCAGUAGAGACAUACCCUUGGGACGCUUUUAUGUCUGAGAGCAAGGCAACUUUCACUUCAAAGGCGCCUGCGACCAAUCUUGCCAAAUAUGUUGGUUUGAACUCCAGCGCCUUUGGCUCGACCGCCGUUGUCCCGGGCUCUUACUCGCCCCCAAUCUUCAAUGUAUUCGCGCAUGCCCGCAAUGAAGCCGGCCCAUCUCGCGGGUAUUCAUCUCGCGGAAACGAGCGCCCAGGUACUAGCUCCACUCUCAGAGCAAGUGCAUCUCCACCAUCCCCACGGGAGAGCUCCCCUACCUCGGGCUUCUUCCCUCCACCCCCGCCCACUCCCUCAUCGCGCAAUGAUUCUGGAAUGGCGCUGCAGGCAUCCCUGCGUGAAAAGCGCUCUGGACAUUUCGAUGCUGCGUCGCGCCGAAGCUCGUCCUUCGGAAUGAGUCGUCGACCAAGUGCACCAUUCUUGGGCCACACAUCCAACCUUUCAGUAACUACACUGAACACGGAAUACGGUGGUGGGUCCACCUACGCCCCGUCUGUGUAUGCGCAGUCUACUAUUGCUGCAUCUACAAUCGUGCCACAGUCGUUUGUGCAGCCCUUUGGAAAUAAUGAGGGCACUUGCUGGGUUGAGGGUCACUUCUUCCAGGUCCAGAUGUGGGAUGAGAAGUUGAUCUGUGCGAUUUGUGACGAGCAGGCCGAGGACGGCAUGUACAAGUGCUCGUCGUGUAGAUUGACAGUCCACAAUCGCUGUGCAUCCAUGGUGUGUCUGCCCUGUGAUGCUGCCUUCCACCCCGAUCAGGUUCGUGCUGCAUUUGUCCGGUGCUUCGCCAGCUUGUUCUACACAUACAAAAAGUUCCUUGCUCCCGCUAGUAGCGAUAAGAAGAAGCAAGGAUUGUAUUACACUUUCAACGCCGAGGCUUUCAUGAAGAGCCUUCCCAGCGAACAUGCUGACUACAUUGCGAUAUUGCAACAAACUCAAAGCUUCAAUGAGUUCAUCAGUGACCGUGAGCGCACGAGCCCUAAGUCCAAGGACCCUCGAAUGGCCUUGUUCGAUGAAAUUGUGCUCUCAAAGCGUAACCGUGGCCGUUCAUCCAUCUUUUCUGGCCGCUCGACCACAGACUUCCUAUCAGACACUUCCAACCAUCUAUGGCGCACAGCCAACGCCACCUUCUUCCCUCCAAGCAGCCGCAGUCAGCAAAAUAUGUCCACCGACUACGGCAGAGUCGUCACCCGAGCACCGGCAAAACUAGACACCAGCCUGAUGACCGAGCCCCGCAUGAUCCACGGCGCCCCACGGGUCUCUAAAACAGCCAAUACUGCCCGCCGAAAGCCCCUGCCCAGCCUCAUGAAUGGCCUCGCUAUCUCUCCCCCGAGUUAA